AUGAAGUUUGCUUAUCUCCUUCCGGUGCUAGCCGGGGUGUCUCAGGCCACCAUCUCGCUUGACUUCAAUGUCUACAGAGGACAAGCUGCCAACGAUCUUGCUGAAAGCCACAACCUAGUGUCUCGCAGAGCCAAGAGAGACGACGACACGUUGAAUGUGGUCCUCGACAACGCCGCCACCUACUACAUGACCACCUUGAAAGUUGGCUCUAGCAAGCAGGAAGUCAGUGUAUUAGUGGACACAGGUUCGUCUGACCUCUGGUUCGCAACAUCGCCUUGCUCUGAAUCGCAAUUGUUUGGGUACAAGAGAGAUGAACACGAAGACGAGGAGUCGGUGACGCCAAGUCCAACAACAACGUCCAUUUACACCGGCUUCAUCACUGGGGCCGACUCGUUGAUCCCCCAAUUCUCGUCAUUCGUCUCGUACGAACUUGCCCACAACCCUGUGGUGUCAUUAGGCGAGAAUGCUACCAAUUAUUACUUUGGUACCGAGGCUUGCACGGCCCACGGCUCGUUUGCAACCGGUAGCUCCGACUCCUUCAAGGCUAACAAGACCGAGGAGCCCUUCUACGUCUUGUACGGCGACAAUUCGUAUGCUCUCGGCUACUGGGCCACCGACAACGUUGAGAUUGGCGGCACGGUGGUCAAGGGCCUUUCCUUUGGCGUCACCCCGUACACAGACUCGUCAACAGGUGUUUUGGGGAUCGGGUUGCCGGGCCUCGAGAACUCGGUUCAUCUCCUCCACCCAAACAAGUCUCAUGAGUACGAGAAUUUGCCAUUACGUCUCAAAAACCUUGGUAUUAUUAAGUCCAAUUCGUACGCUGUUUGGUUGGGCAAAAAUAACGUUUCUCAAGGUAAUGUUCUCUUUGGCGGCUAUGACACCUCUCGGUUCACUGGGCCGUUGACCAAGUUGCCCAUCAUCAACGAGUACGCUGCCAUUGGCGUCAAGAACCCCAUCAGAACCAACGUGCUCUUAAACGGUAUUUCAGGAAAGGACGUCGACGUGACCUUUGACGUCGUUGCUCUUCUCGACACCGGCACCACCUUGGCUUACUUGCCUCCAUCUUACAUCGAGCCACUUGCCAAAAAGGCUGAUGGCGUCUACUGGGAAGGCCAGUAUAAUGUGUCUUGUGACUUGCUCAAGUCCAAAGAGGAAAUUGCCUUCAAGUUCAGCGGAGUCGACAUCAAAGUGCCAUUUGGCGACUUGAUCUUCCAGAACAAUGGCUACGAUACCUCAGAGGGGUGUGCCUUGGGCGUUAUUGACGGCGGGAACAAAAGUGCCAUUUUGGGAGACGUUUUCCUUAGAAGUGCCUAUGCUGUUUUUGACUUUGACAACUACGAGAUCGCUUUGGCGCAGGCUGCUGGGGAGGAGAAGCAACAAAAGGAAGGCUCUCACAUUGUCACCAUUUCAAGUGGCAUUCCAAGUGCGUCGCCAGCUCCUGAGUACUCGUCCACAACAUUGAGUGAUGUCUUGUUGUACAACACCACCGGCAGUCUGUACUACUACUCCACCACGACCUUUGGCAACCACGUAACGGUGGCCGCCGAGUCUACAUCUGCCAACGGUACCAACAACACCCACGCAUAUCCUUCCUACGAUAGUGACUCUGGGUCUGGAAAAGCAGGAACUUUCUUUGCUGUCGUGCUUGGAGCCAUUGGGUCGGCGCUUUCCUUCUUGUGA